AUGACUCCACCACCAGAACCUAUGAUAAAUUCAAUUGUACCGCUUCGGUACAUUAUAUCAACACAACAAACAACCACAAGUACAACUAGUAGUGGUAGUACCACAGAAUCAAACAUAGCUGUAGCAAUACCAUAUCCGGUACCUAUGCCAGUUCAGAUUGCCGUUCCAGCGAUGCCUCCUCAAUUCUGUAUAAAAAGACCAAAACAUAAAAAGUGUCCCCCAUGUCCGCCUUGUCUUUGCGCGCCAACUUGUACGCCGUCGUUCUUCUCUUACUGUUCAAGUUGUCAUCAGAAAUGCAGAUGUCGUAAGAGAGAAGAUGUACCAAAACCAUUACCACCACUUCCUCCUCGGCCACUCCCAGGUCCAGCAUUUGCAGUACCCUUUCCUGUUGCAGUCCCGAUACCAUUAAAAUCUGAUUUAUCAGACAAUAAAAUAAUAAAGAAUAGUGAAAUAAAAAACGCGUCUAAGGAUAUUGAACCGCGUGCACAGAAUGGACAAAAUGGAGUUUGUUGCACACCGUACGGUGAUGAGGAAGAUUAUGGAAAGAAAGAGAAAGAAGAAGACAAAAAAAGGAAGAAGGAAAGGAAUCAUGAUGAGUUUAUCAAACGAUUUGAUAUAAAAAAAUAA